AUGUCACCACCCCCCCCCCCCAAAACAGGCGCCACGAGUGGUAUAGGCAAGUCGACUGCCAUCGAGCUGGCCAAGAGGGGCGGGCGAGUGCUCAUCACCGGAGGGGACAAGGCCAAGGUCGAUGCUGUGGCCAGAAAUAUUGGGUGAGCAUCCUGUCGUCAUUGGUCACGGGGUAGAAUUUGUUGACACCUGUGUUUGAAACGUGGGAAGAAACUACAGGCAGUGGCGUUUUAAGAGGGGGGGGGCAGUCCCAGUUCUACACUUUUCUCUUUUUAUAUGGGCAGGGGCGGCAAUUUCGGCCAACUGAAUUGUUUUGUUUUUUUCGUGAAACGGGGUGGCAAAAAUGUUGACCCGCCCCGGGUGGCACUAACCUUAUCUGCGCCACUGACUACAGGUGAGGGAAACUGAUCACCACCUGGUGUUCUUGUUUCAAUAUAAAAUGAGUAAAACAAAGUAGGGUUCAACCUGAAAAAAAAAAGGAACGCAACACAACAACGAACGUGUCGGCAGAAAGCCUUCUUCGGCGAUCAACACAACAGAAAAAAAAACGGUAUAAAAAUAGCAAUAUUCUUUUUUGAUAACAAUCUGCCACUUUGAGAACCAUGACGGUCGUAUUAAAAGAGUGAGGGUUUUAUAAAUUAAAUUAAGUUGUGUCAACAUUUGUUCUGUAUCUGGGACAACACCAGUGGGGCGCAAGUGUAAUGUGUUGCAUCUUAAGAUGGCAUUUUAUCUCAAUAGUGAACAGCUGUGCGUGGUGGCGUCUGUAGUCAAAUAACAGGGUUCAGUUGGGAGUCGUAAAAACUGGGCUGUCUGCAGCUCCUUUCGGAGUAAAAUUAUUUUUUAUAAUCAUCGUUUUUGUGGGGUUUUUUUAAGCACAAACGUUCAUUUGUUUUAUUAGUAUUAUUAUUUAUAUUAUUUAAACGAACCGUGGAGACCUUGUUUCUACACACGUCUGCAUUGUUGUAUAGCGGACUGUUUCAACGGAAGUCAUGCCACACUUAAAUCCCUCGAUAAAUAAUUUUUUUUUUAAAUGUGACAACGUUUCUUGACCUAAAUCGAAUGUCCAGCAAAUUUAAAUUUUGGUAGACUAAGAUAAGAUAAGAUACGUUUCUUUCAUUUAUCAAACUAUAUGGAACUAAGUUUUGAGGGCAAAGUAAAUAUUCAUCAUGGUCACAGAGGCGUAGCGAGGGGAGGGGCAGGGGGGGACAGAUGUCCCCGGGCGCCAGCUAGUUAGGGGCGUCAAAAUGUGCUUUGAUAUAUUGUUUUAUUGAUAAAAAUAAAGGGCUUGAGAGUUGAAAAAAAAAAAAAAAAGAGAAAGGGGCGCUUUAAAAUGGAUCUUGUCCCCGGGCGCGAAUCUUGUCCCCGGGCGCCAAACACCCUCGCUACGCCUCUGCAUGUUCAUAUUGGUGAAAAUUAUGAUUAAUGUGAACGUUUUUUUUUUGCUUUUUUUUGUUUGUUUUUUUACUGAAAUAAUUUAAACGAAAGACCUUUGAAAGUAUUUCUCAAAACAUCACUUCCUUCACAAUGACAUAAUUGUACGUUUAUAGAGAGACAAUGCGGGGAAGCUAGGGUAAGAAUACGGGAGUGAACCCAAAUUGUAAAAUCCGGAGAGGGAGUCCCGAAGUCGAUCUGACGCCGAGUAACAAUGUCAUUUUGUCAACUCCUGCGACGCAGUCAGUGCCAAAGCUGUAUUGACAAAUUGUCAUUCCCUUGGGUCCACUGGUUGCGUGGAGAGUGUGGGGAUCUGCUGCAUUGGGCAACAGCUGGUCUCCAUAAACCACCGCCCAGGCUAGGUAGCUAUAAUAGCGACGUCACUUUACGUAGAGCAAGUUUAAGUAGCUAUAGAGUGACUAGCUGAUGUGUAUAAAGGUCUCCGUUAGACUAAACGGUGUUUUUUUUAAAAAAGAAAGUUAAAAUUUAAAAAAAAAGACUGUCAACAAUGCUUGAAUAUAAUUUGUUAAAUGCUAGUGACACACCAAAAAUUACAAUUGAAAAAAUUAGAAUGUAAUGUAUCGUUACAUGUACAUCGCUUACAUGAGUUAGAAUAUAAUAUAUCAACACAUCGCUUACACGAGUUAUAUAAUAUAAUAAUAUAUCAAUAUAUCGCUUACAUGAGUUAGAAUAUAAUAUAUCAAUACAUCGCUUACACGAGUUAUAUAAUAUAAUAAUAUAUCAAUAUAUCGCUUACAUGAGUUACAUGUAAGAUAUCAAUACAUCGCUUACACGAGUUAUGUUAUAAUAAAUCAAUACAUGGCUUACAUGAAGGGAAACAGAAAGUUGAUUUCCGUUUUGAGGAUUUGUUGUUUCAAACAUUCUUAUUUCAUGUCUGUGGCUGCUUGGUCACUAACAGAGAUUUAUAACGGAUCUCUCCACUCUAGGCACUCUAUAUGUACACUAUAAGCACACUAUAAGCACACUAUAAGCACACUAUAAGUACACUAUAAGCACACUAUAAGUACACUAUAAGUACACUAUAAGCACACUAUAAGUACACUAUAAGCACACUAUAAGUACACUAUAAGUACACUAUAAGUACACUAUAAGUACACUAUAAGUACACUAUAAGUACACUAAUAAGUACACUAAUAAGUACACUAAUAAGUACACUAAUAAGUACACUAUAAGUACACUAUAAGUACACUAUAAGUACACUAUAAGAACACUAUAAGAACACUAUAAGCACACUAUAAGCACACUAUAAGCACACUAUAAGCACACUAUAAGCACACUAUAAGCACACUAUAAGCACACUAUAAGUACACUAAUAAGUACACUAAUAAGUACACUAAUAAGUACACUAAUAAGUACACUAAUAAGUACACUAAUAAGUACACUAAUAAGUACACUAAUAAGUACACUAAUAAGUACACUAAUAAGUACACUUAUAAGUACACUUAUAAGUACACUUAUAAGUACACUUAUAAGUACACUUAUAAGUACACUUAUAAGUACACUUAUAAGUACACUUAUAAGUACACUUAUAAGUACACUUAUAAGUACACUUAUAAGUACACUUAUAAGUACACUAUUAAGUACACUAUUAAGUACACUAACAGGCACACUAACAGGCACACUAACAGGCACACUAACAGGCACACUAACAGGCACACUAACAGGCACACCAACAGGCACACCAACAGGCACACCAACAGGCACACCAACAGGCACACCAACAGGCACACCAACAGGCACACCAACAGGCACACCAACAGGCACACCAACAGGCACACCAACAGGCACACCAACAGGCACACCAACAGGCACACCAACAGGCACACCAACAGGCACACCAACAGGCACACCAACAGGCACACCAACAGGCACACCAACAGGCACACCAACAGGCACACCAACAGGCACACCAACAGGCACACCAACAGGCACACCAACAGGCACACCAACAGGCACACCAACAGGCACACCAACAGGCACACCAACAGGCACACCAACAGGCACACCAACAGGCACACCAACAGGCACACCAACAGGCACACCAACAGGCACACCAACAGGCACACCAACAGGCACACCAACAGGCACACCAACAGGCACACCAACAGGCACACCAACAGGCACACCAACAGGCACACCAACAGGCACACCAACAGGCACACCAACAGGCACACCAACAGGCACACCAACAGGCACACCAACAGGCACACCAACAGGCACACCAACAGGCACACCAACAGGCACACCAACAGGCACACCAACAGGCACACCAACAGGCACACCAACAGGCACACCAACAGGCACACCAACAGGCACACCAACAGGCACACCAACAGGCACACCAACAGGCACACCAACAGGCACACCAACAGGCACACCAACAGGCACACCAACAGGCACACCAACAGGCACACCAACAGGCACACCAACAGGCACACCAACAGGCACACCAACAGGCACACCAACAGGCACACCAACAGGCACACCAACAGGCACACCAACAGGCACACCAACAGGCACACCAACAGGCACACCAACAGGCACACCAACAGGCACACCAACAGGCACACCAACAGGCACACCAACAGGCACACCAACAGGCACACCAACAGGCACACCAACAGGCACACCAACAGGCACACCAACAGGCACACCAACAGGCACACCAACAGGCACACCAACAGGCACACCAACAGGCACACCAACAGGCACACCAACAGGCACACCAACAGGCACACUAACAGGCACACUAACAGGCACACUAACAGGCACACUAACAGGCACACUAACAGGCACACUAACAGGCACACUAACAGGCACACUAACAGGCACACUAACAGGCACACUAACAGGCACACUAACAAGCACACUAACAAGCACACUAACAAGCACACUAACAAGCACACUAACAAGCACACUAACAAGCACACUAACAAGCACACUAACAAGCACACUAACAAGCACACUAACAAGCACACUAACAAGCACACUAACAAGCACACUAACAAGCACACUAACAAGCACACUAACAAGCACACUAAUAAGCACACUAAUAAGCACACUAAUAAGUACACUUAUAAGUACUCUAUAAAUGGUAGGUAAAGAAUGCCUCCCGUGCAAUAUUGGUUGAACUAUGGGUAGAUGUACAGUUUCUUUUUCGAAUGAUCUUUAAAAUGUAAAGUCUAAAUGCCUGCCCAUGGCGAUAUUUCUGUGUACGCACAUGGCGAUAUUUCUGUGUACGCCCAUGGCGAUAUUUCUGUGUAUGCCCAUGGAGAUAUUUCUGUGUACGCCCAUGGCGAUAUUUCUGUGUAUGCCCAUGGCGAUAUUUCUGUGUACGCCCAUGGCGAUAUUUCUGUGUACGCCCAUGGCGAUAUUUCUGUGUAUGCCCAUGGCGAUGUUUAUGUGUAUGCCCAUGUUCAUUGUUUCUGUGUAUGCCCAUGGCGAUGUUUCUGUGUAUGCCCAUGGCGAUGUUUCUGUGUAUGCCCAUGAAGAUAUUUCUGUGUAUGCCCAUGUCCAUUGUUUCUGUGUAUGCCCAUGAAGAUAUUUCUGUGUUUGCCCAUGGCGAUAUUUCUGUGUAUGCCAUGGUGAUAUUUCUGUGUAUGCCCAUGGAGAUCUUUCGGUGUAUGCCUAUGGAGAUAUUUCUGUGUAUGCCCAUGGAGAUAUUUCUGUGCAUGCCCGUGGAGAUAUGUAUGUGUAUGCCCAUCUCCAUUGUUUCUGUGUAUGCCUAUGGAGAUAUUUCUGUGUGUUCUCAUGGCAGCUGUGUAAGUCCAUGGUUCUCUCUUCAAGAGAGUCUCUUUUUUCCAUAUAAUUUUUUUGUUCCUCCAUUAAAUAAAUUCCAUUUACUUUGUAAUGCUGCACGCCGUAGAGUGUAAGUUGAUACAAAAUGAUACGUUCCCCGCCGUAGAGUGUAAGUUGAUACACGAAUGAUAUCUGCACUUCACUCGGGAUAAUCUUCGAUGCGAUAGAAACAACAAACUAUUCUGCGCGCAUAGUUAUCUCCCCCCAUCUGACGCCAGCAGGUCACGUGAACAUAAUAAAUUCAUUCGCUGCAGAAUUUUGAUGACGUAAUACAAUUCUUACUGUGUUUCCCCCUUCCCCCCUCCCCCACAGCCUCGCGCUCACCAUUCCAGGUGGUCCAAGAAAUUAAAAGUGUGGGGAUGGGUUGGGAUAGGGGGGAGGGUGGCUGGUGUUAGAGCUGGUCAUCAGAGAAGAUUUCCUUUUGUAAAAUUCAACUGGCGUUGCGGAAUAGAGCUCGAGUGCAGUAAAUUUAUUUAUAGCUGGCUGCAAGGGGGGCUUUAACAACAAGAUAUUUCUAUUAUUCGAUAAGUUGUAUACGUCUUUCUGAGGGUUUGUGCCAGCUUUGUGGGAUGAUAAGAAAGCCAGGUUUUGUGAGAUGAUAAGAAAGCCAGCUUUGUGGGAUGAUAAGAAAGCCAGGUUUGUGGGAUGAUAAGAAAGACAGGUUUGUGGGAUGAUAAGAAAGCCAGGUUUUGUGAGAUGAUAAGAAAGCCAGGUUUGUGGGAUGAUAAGAAGCCAGGUCUGUGGGAUGAAAGAAGCCAGGUUUGUCAGAUGAUAAGAAAGCCAGGUUUGUGGGAUGAUAAGAAGCCAGGUUUGUGGGAUGAUAAGAAGCCAGGUUUGUUGUAAUUUUUUUUUUUUAAAGCAUGAAACAUUGCAUUAUGCACAUGAUCUAAUAUAAGUCUUGAAUAAAGUUGAUGGAGUGAACGGAUUGAUGUCCCUUAUCAAGAACCCUAACCCUGGGCCUGUCUCCCACAAGUUUUCUGAGCCGUAUGAAAAAAUCAUAGUCCUAAAAAAAUAAACCGUUUGGACCUUACCGGAGACGAGUACUUGGUCACCAAGGCCCUUAAACUUUGUGAAAUUACUGGACACAUGAGAAGACUUGACAUAUUUUUUUCAACAAUCGGAAGGUAAUAUCAGAUUCCAUAAGAAAAUUACGUAUACGGAAUAACGUCAGAGAUCCUACCGGAGCUCUUAAGCCACCAGCCCCCCCCCCACAACCCCCUUCCCCCACCCUGAGAGCCCCAGUUGGAAGAAUCUCCCCCUCCUUUAACAGCGGCUCUUCCGGGAUGUUUCGCCCGAGUUGACCCUGGUUGGCCCUAAUUGGCCCUUUUUGGCCCUGGUUGGCCCUUGUUGGCCCUGGUUAGCCCUAGUUGGCCCUAGUUGGUCCUAGCUGGCCCUAGCUGACCCUAGCUGGUCCUGGUUGACCCUAGUUAGCACUAGAUGGUCCUGGUUGACCCUGGUUGACCCUGGUUGGCUCUGGUUGGCCCUUGUUGGCCCUGGUUGGCGAAACAUUCGGCCGCCCAAGGAACACCAGAGGGUGGCCUCUUUUUUUAUCAGACCGUAAAUAGAAGGGCGUAUUUCCAACUGCGGAUUACUACGACCUUUCCCCCACCCUUGCCCCCCCCCCCCCUUCCCCCCCCCCCCCCCCGGGCGGGACAAAACGUAAUCUUGUGUUUUGGCCGACGCAGAUCUUCACUGGCGCCUCCUCGCGAAGGUUUCCUCAGAACUGUCUACCGCAUAGACCCCAGUACUACUAGUAGCGUUUAAUUCUGUAAGUAGCACUGGGCACUUCUUCAAUGGAGCCGUCCUAGUGGUUUAAUUAUAAUGUAGAACUAGGAAACUCCGCCGGGCCCCUACCUUUAACACUAAGUCCCAACGUUCCCUAAGACGACGACGACCGCCUCGCUACGUCCCAACGUUCCCUAAGACGACGACGACCGCCUCGCUACGUCCCAUGUUCCCUAAGACGACGACAGCCUCGCUACGCUGUCAACGCCAUUAACGUCAACGGAAGAUUUACUCUUUUUUGAAUUUUUUUUUCCCUCCGCCAUUUCAGGAAAAAGACCGGCAACCAGCAUGUCAACGCUCAUGUCCUUGACCUUGCUAACCUGAGGAGCAUACGAGAAUUUUGCGAGGAUUUCAAUAGGGAUGAGAAAUACCUGCACGUUCUUAUCAACAAUGCAGGUGAGUGAACUUUGACCUCUGGAAUACUUAGACGUGCUCGCCCGCCCCCCCCCCCCCCCCGACAAAGUUUCUAAUUUUGAUGAAAAAAGCACGAGCUGAUAAGUGGAGAAAUUUAAAGAUGAAAGGACUUCAUGUUAUACAAGACGUCGUAAUAUAAUAUAUAUAUAUAAUUUAUUUUAUUUAUUUUUAAAACGAAUAAACUGAGGUUUAGUUCAAUGAAUUCAUACAUAUAAAAUUAUAGAAAAACACUACAUAGACAACCAUGACAUAGACAACCAUGACGUAGACAAGACAACCAUUACAUAGAUAAACCACAUGAAUAAAACCAUCACGUACAAGUACAAGUAUCACGUGAUCCAAUGAACCGUCUCUGUUAUUUGCCGACGGUGGCAUUUCUCAGACGUCAGUAACUUUGAAAGGGGUGGGGGGGGGUGGGUUAGAAAAAUACGGGCGAUAAUUUGUAAACAGGACGACAUGGCAGACCGAGAAGCGAUCAAAAUGGUAGAAUCAGGGGCUCUAACUCGUCAUCACCAACAUAAUGGUUACCAAGUCAACAGACGUUGCCUGUGGUGACCACUGUUAUUUAGAUUUAGCGAAUCGGUGCUAAACCCUUUCUUUUUCUUUUUUUUAAAUAAGAUGGUCGAAGGUAAGCUCUACCUACAUUAUAGAAGGCGUGAUUAGCGGUCGGAACCACGUGAACAUGGUCUCGUCUGCUGGAUUUUAAAGGCACCGCUUUAGCAACAGGGUGGCGUUCGUGAGCCAGCGAGGUUGUCUCACUGAGCCACCCGGGACACCAAUUUGUAAUGGUUUAAUUUAAAAGGUGUGAGCUUAUAUUUAACUUAAAUGACUUAUGGAACUGUUACGCACUGGCUUCUCUUGUGAGAAAUUAAUCUCUUGUUUUAAGUUAUGGCUCGCUCAAACAGUGCACAACAAAGGACGAUACCAUAGAGAAAUACAACAACAAAAUUACGACACCCAAACCAGUUGCCAAUUACAAUUAAUAAGAUUUAAUUAGUAAUAACACAAUUACAAAACAAAAGAAAUAUAGUUACAAAUCACCAACUUACAGAGUAUCGGAAAAUCUUGUACCGGUACACAAUUAGUACAAUGUGCCAAUUAAUUAUGAUGAAUGAUGAAUGCGAAUAAACACAUAUGAGCACACAAAGAAUAAUACAAUUGUCUCGUAAAGUAAAUAAUAUCUAUCUCCGUCUAUCUCAAUCUCCGUCUGAAUCUCUUUUCCUCACUCCGAAACUCUUUAUUUAUAUUGUGGGUCUACCGACGCGUCCAGAAACGCCUUUACUUUUCUAAUACAAUCUUGAACAUUCGACAAAACACUACUGAGAACACAUUAAUUAUUUUUAGUUGCUGUCGGCAAUAAACAUGGCAGAUCAAAAGACUAAGCCACGCCCAUAUAUGAACGUAAUGUCUCAUGUGGGGUCAACCAGAGUGCACGCACGAGGAAAGUGUUGUAAACAAGCUCUACAUGGCAGAGCAAACAACUGCAAAGUCAUUUGUAAGGAUUUUAACUAUAAACAUAAUGGCUACCCUUUAGAUGUUUUGGUUCAGGUCCCGCCCACAGUGGUGUAUGUAUGAAAAACAUGCAUCCUGGUCAUAGGGCGAAGGGCGUGCAUUUUAUAUUUGACUGGAGGGCGUGCAUGUUGGUCAUGGGCUGCAGGGCGUGCAUGUUGGUCAUGGACUGGAGGGCGUGCAUGUUGGUUAGGGACUGGAGGGCGUGCAUGUUGGUCAUGGGCUGUAGGGCGUGCGUGUUGGUCGUGGGCCGGAGGGCGUUCAUGUUGGUCAUGGACCGGAGGGCGUGCAUGUUGGUCAUGGGCUGUAGGGCGUGCGUGUUGGUCGUGGGCCGGAGGGCGUUCAUGUUGGUCAUGGACCGGAGGGCGUGCAUGUUGGUCAUGGACUGGAGGGCGUGCAUGUGGGUCAUGCGCUGGGGGACGUGCAGGUAGGUCGUGGGCUGGAUCGUAUUCAUGUUGGUCGAAAUUGAAGAUUAAGCAUAUCCUGCACACGAAAAAGCAAUCUUUCUGGUCGCGAGUGUUUGAAUAUAGCCCAAGUGAUUUUCAAUGUACAAUUUGGGAGAAUUUUUUUUUUUUUUUUUAAAUAAGACGCGGCCACUGAAACUUUCAGGAUUCUCUAAUUUUAAUAACUGGUGGCAGAAGAGAUGUUUACCGUAAUAAAAGGUAAAAAAAUAUCAAUACUACAUGUCACUACAAAACUUGCGAAAGAAAAAUCUCAGGGGCUAUAGUGGAACAGAUGAAGACUCGAGCUGUUAUUGGCCGGACUAUAAGGUAACAUUAUGAAAAUAAAAUGAGAAAUUCGCUCUUUUAUUAGAGACUUCAUUGAUAUUCUCCUAGCGUUGUUAAGCUUUAAGCCUAGUUUAGAAAAGGGGGAAAGCGGCUGGGUGGCAGGUGAGGGAGGGAAUGGGUAGGAAAAUCACCAACAUCGUGUGUGCUGCCGUUUGAUGCCGGCUUCGCCUCUUUGACCUUGACGGUUUUUAGGCUCACCUGACGCACACGAGCAUUCUAAGGCCCUGAUAAUCUCCCCCACCCCACCCUCCCUUUUUUCCUACCGGAGCACACACCUUUGGGGCCCUUGCAGACAUAUGCCGGGCCGUAGUGGAAUGGAACCGGGCUCCCAGACGAAAGUUCUGGCCAGGGAGAAGAAACCAGUGGCACGUGGGUCGGUCGUGGAGCAACCGGAUACGGACAAAUGUGUCCGGAGUAACAGCGGUUAGAAGUGUUGUGACAGGCUCCGUGGGUCAAUCAGAUCAAUCAAUGAUCGAUCAUUAUUUUUCUUUUAAAUUUAAAUAAAAGUGUAUGUAUAACUUGGUAACAGCUCCAGUGUCACGUCAUAGACGAAGUUCGGUGCCUUGUCUUAAAAUAGUGCCCCCCCCCCACCAACCAAAAAAAAAAAUUGCUAGAAACAUUUGAAGGGUGGGAAUGAUAUACUUAUUAUUUAUGUCAUUUCGGCGCCACCUCUGGCUUAUGGUGAGUGUAAGGCACCACGGUUUUCAAUGAAUCGCGAAUAUGCGCCAUAGGCAUCUUUCUAAAUGAAAUUUAAGAACAAGGUGUGCUAAACUUGAAUAACUAGACAGCAGGAGCGUAACUGGGUUUUUGACGCCCUUGGCUAAUUUAUUUUUGGCGCCCUUUUGUUUAAGUUUACAUACAAAUUUAAAAAAAUUGACAUUUAGCGUCGCCCUUCUGAACUGGCGCAGGACGGUGCCCUUGGCAACUGCCCCAAUGCCAAGCCGUUGUUACGCCACUGCUAGACAGUACAAAAUAUUUGAGCUUAGAGCCGUCAUCAGCAAACAAAACAAAUAAAGUAGAACAAGUAACAAAGCACAGUAAAAAAAAAAAAAAAAAAAAGAAAAAAAAAAAAAAAACAAAAUAAAAAAAAAAAAAAAAAAAAGACUAUGGAGGUCUUCUAUGUACAUGUAGUUGCCGGAAGUAGGAUUACGGGAAGUGAAAGAAUAUAAAUAUUGGCACUGUGAAAAAUGAGGUAAGAGAAGGGAAUCUUAACGGGCCGGAAAAAGGAAAGAAGAAAUACAGGGAUAUUGAGAGAAAUUAGUUAGGAGAGCAUUUGAUUCAUAACCAUGGGGAGAAAUGGUGCCGAAAAAAUGUGAUGAAGCCUCUAGGCCGAAACGUCCAAAUCUUUUGUCCUGUCCAUUGAUUCCAUGUUUAGCACACCUUGUUCUUAAAUUUCGCUUACACGACUUGAAUGAAGUCCAUCAACUAAGCAUCUUUCUGCCAUAUUCAUAUAAGUUGUUAAGUCAUAUUUCUGCCCUUUUACAAACUUGGUCAUAUUUUUUUUUUAAUUGCAUGGCCGUGAGUCCCCGUGUACGUGGACUGUUGCACUCCAGCUAAAUUGGUCUCGUCAACAACAAAGCAAAAAAUGAAGCGGGUACACACAAAUAUUCUGGGUGAUAGUAUUUAUAAAGACACCGUAAAAAGGUGAUUCCCUCAAAAGAUUGUUUAUAUUCUAUUUUCUCAUGUCGCCUGUAAUACGAGGAAAAUUCCAUUAUAACUGGCUGCCAAAAUACACGCGAGCAAACACAUAAUGAACUCGGAUUGUAUUCUUCUAUUUUUAGAAACGACCUAUUUUGAACACGAAAAAUAAAUCUAGUCCCUACUGUUUUUUCUUUUUUUAAAUCUCAAUCAGCUGACUCACAUUACAAUAGCCACCCCCCCCCCCAACCUUUUUUUUUUGCCCAUGUAUAAAUAUAAGGUAAAAUAUAUUAUUUUCUAUACAGUAACCUCUUCCCAUUAGCUUAACCUCUUCCCAUUAGCUUAACCUCUUCCCAUUAGCUUAACCUCUUCCCAUUAGCUGUCGUAACUUUUCAGGGUGAGUGUUCAGUUAUACCCAGAAAUAGUUUGUCCGAACUAUUCCCGCUGUCAAAGCGUUCGGGAAAUCACUUCUCAUAAGGGAAAUUUACCCCACUUCUCAUUAGGGACAUUUAACUCAGUUCUCAUUAGGGACAUUUAACUCACUUCUCAUCAGACACAUUUACCGCACUUCUCAUCAGUCACAUUACCACAAUUCUCAUUAGCCACAUUUACCGCACUUCUCAUCAGCCACAUUUUACCCCACUUCUCAUCAGCCACAUUUGCCCCACUUCUCAUUAGGGGCAUUUAACUCAGUUCUCAUUAGGGACAUUUAACUCACUUCUCAUCAGACACAUUUACCGCACUUCUCAUCAGCCACAUUUACCACAAUUCUCAUUAGCCACAUUUACCGCACUUCUCAUCAGCCACAUUUACCACAAUUCUCAUUAGCCACAUUUACCGCACUUCUCAUCAGCCACAUUUACCCCUCUUCUCAUCAGCCACAUUUGCCCCACUUCUCAUUAGGGACAUUUAACUCACUUUUCAAGAGCCUUAUUUACCGCACAUUCUCAAUAGUAGCAUUACCUCACUUCUGAUCAGCGACAUUACAUCGCUUCUCAUUACCCGAUACUCGUACCAUUAUAUCGUAUAUCCAGAUUUUUUUUUUUAAGCUGAAAUAUUUGGGGUUCCAACAUGAUAAUCACAAGCUGAACUUUAAAAAUUCAUUUUUUUAAAAAUAUUUUUAUUUAUUAUUAUUUCUCUUCAUUUUAUUUUGACAGCUUACAUGGGACCCAAGGCUGCCACUGACGAUGGCCUGGAGAGGUCAUUUGGGGUUAACUACCUUGGUCAUUUUUACCUUACAUACCUACUUACUGAUAAGGUAAAAUUUACAUAUUGUGUUCAACGAAUUUUUCAAUGUUUACCUGAAAUACUGAAAAGGUAACAGUUAUGUGUUGCAUGGUCAGCCUUCGUCAGUUUGUACUUUUAUUCCUACUUACAGCAUUUUCAUUUAAAUAUCAAUUAUAUUUCCUAAGUCAACUAUUUUCCAUUGAACUCGAUUCAAAUCGAUAGUUUCACAUUAUAUAAACAAUUCAUUACCAAGUAUUAUCGGUUAAAACCGACCUUCAAAACCCCCUUCAUGGCUUUCUCUCGAUUUUGAAAUAAUUUUCAAAUCACCAGAUUCUAUUAAUAAUUUCAUCCUUAAAUCGGAGACACCACGUGACUUUCGGAGGCACCCUGCCACUUUUUGGCUUUGUGCCAACUGCAUUCUAUGCUGAGAUCGGUGGUUUCAAUGUUAUACCACAUCAGAAUUAUGUGGGCCCCUUGAAUUUCCGAGCCCCCCCCCCACACACCCCCUGCAGCCGCACGGGUUGCAGCGCCCCCACAGUGGUCCUUCCUUUCCAUCAAAUGAAAUGACCCUAAUUUUCCUUUUCAAAAAUAAAAUCUUGAGCCCGCUAUUUUGAGACAUUGGCAUAAGAUCCUGUCUACAACUAACUCUUAUUCUGAUUGGAUGUUUCUUUAUUAUUAUUUUUUUAUUUUUUUUUUGAAAUAACGUUCGAGUUUGUUUUUGUUUUUUUAGUUUUAGCUGUGUUUAUAUCUGGAGUAUUUCGUCUUCAGUUGAAGAAGAACGCCCCCUCCCGCGUCAUCAACGUUGUGUCCGACGCCUAUGCCAAAGGUCAGCUCGACUUCGACGACAUUGCCCUGAACAAAGGCUACAGCGUGUACGGGGCCUACGCCAGGUCCAAGUAUGCACAGAUGCUUUGGAACUUGGAGAACCACAGGCGGCUGUACUCGAGCUGCAUCUGGACAUAUGGAGUACAUCCUGGUAAGUUUCUGGACAUUUGGAUGCACGUCCAGGUAAGUGUCUGGACAUUUGGAUGCAAGUCCAUGUAAGUGUCUGGACAUUUUGAUGCAGAUCCAGGUAUAAGUGUCUGGACAUUUUGAUGCACAUCCAGGUAUAAGUGUCUGGACAUUUUGAUGCACAUCCAGGUAAGUGUCUGGACAUUUUGAUGCACAUCCUGGUAUAAUGUCUGGACAUUUUGAUGCACAUCCUGGUAAGUGCCUAGACAUUUUGAUGCACAUCCUGGUAAGUGCCUAGACAUUUUGAUGCACAUCCAGGUAUAAGUGUCUGGACAUUUGGUGCACAUCCAGGUAUAAGUGUCUGGACAUUUUGAUGCACAUCCUCAUCCAGAUAAAUGAUCUAUUACAUUAUUUAAUGCAAAUGGUCUAGUUCUAUAGAUGGAAAUUCGAUGCACAUCCACCAGGUUAGUAGUCCAGUUCAGUGGUGGACCGCGGACCGCAUGCGGCUCACUACGUCAAAUUAUGCGGCCUGCAGAUGCUUGAUUUAUUAAUCAGUAGACAAUCGUUCUUCAAUUAAUUGACAAAGAAAUUGAUAUUUAACAGUUGAGUGGGAUAAAUGAUAAACAAAUGAUCAUAUUAGCUUAGUUCUUUUUUUUUUCUUUGUUGUUAUUAUAUAGCAUUAUGUGCAUUAAUAAAAGAUAAACAUCUCUAUAUACAGCAUUUAGUGGGAGUGUGUUUUUAAUAUUUUAAUAGUAGGUGUAAGCACAUGCGGCCCGCGAAAUGUUUAUUUUCAAUCAAAGUGCGCGGCCCGUGGGCGCCAUUAGGAUUGGCCGCCCCCCUGGUCUAGUUGAGUAACUGGAACUUUGGGACUCUCCGAAAAGGGAUUCAGUUCUGCAUGUGGCCAUCCUCAAUCAACACAAGUCUGUUAUAGGUGACCUCUACUUCUAAUGGCUUAUGGCAAAAACAAAACAAAAAACAACUUGAUGGUUAGGCCUAUUAAAAAAAAAAAAAAGCAAAGAUUUUGUCAAACAAAUUUUUAGUUCAUUUUUUAAAAAAACAACAAAAAAACAACGUGUAAACUGAUAAGUUGUAUAUUUUCUUUAUUAUUUUUAUUUUAAAUACUGUCAUGGUAAUCUUUUAUCGCCCAUUACAUCUGACUUAACCAAUCAUCGUUCUAUUUCACCUUUAGGCGCCUGCGCCACGGAGCUCAUGCGUAACUAUCCAGGUGUGACGGGAAAUAUUCUUCGUGUUGUGUCCAGGUUUAUGUUCAAGCCACC